AUAAACACGCAGGCCACGCCGUGCGCUCUCCCGCCGAGUGCAUGCCGGACAUGAAAACUGCCACUCAACGCUGCUAAGCCUCUCUGGGAGAAGAAAUGUCAGCCACGACCGUUAACUUGUCUUCCUCAUUGCGGGUGAACAUCAAUAAUGAUAGCAAAGAUAUCUGAGGACCGCGUUGAGAGGACUACUAGUGUAGAUUCCCUCAGCUCAAUGAGCAAGGGGCAGGAAAUCAAGUCAGCUUCAGACUUAACUGUUAUAUUGGAAAUUUCACAUAUUGCCUUAUUUAUACACAAGCUAAUACCUCCCGCUCGACACACAAAAACAGUACACAAAAGACUACACACUCCCACUCCCACAUACAACUACACAAUUUUACACAGUUUCAGGUGCUUUCCGCACUUGAGUGCCCUGUGGAAAGGAUUCGUCGCUGUUGGAAGAUGUAUUCAAGCGGAUACGGGAGGGACCACUGUCGAGGCUGCCAUUGUCUGGUGUGCGAAUGCAUCGGAAAAUCCACAGGCAGGCGACGGAGGCGUCAGCUCGCCGCUACCCUUCCUGCUCGUCGGUUCCAUGCGGUGAAGGUGAUCCUUGUGUUGAUCCCAAUAAUUCUGAUAGUUUUGGCACGGGCUGCUGGCGGAGCAAAAACUGUAAAAUCGAAAGAAGCACCCAGAAUCAAAUCGGCUGGAGCAAAAAUUCUAAAAACUAAUGCAGCAUCAACUACUGCACCAGCCGUGGGAGCAAGCAAUGUAAAAGCUGACGAGCAGCUUGGACAGAAGCUCUGGCCUGCCGAAGACAACAGCCACUUCAUGGGCUACCCGCCAUAUUCACAGGAUCCGUUCAUCUUUCGUGAAAACCCCAAUGGAAAAGCUAAUGCAGCCGACAACAACUACGGGGGCUUCCCGUCAUAUUCCCGUGAUCCGUUAUUCUUUGCACGGGCUGAUCGUGCCACAAACAGGAUCGUAAAAGCUGAUGAUGAUGGACCAACCACUGCAAGUGAUGAUGGGGGAGGAGCAACUACCAUGAGUUCGGAAUCGUUAGAUGUCAUUUGGCGCGUGGGCUAUUUGGGAGAUGGUACGACACACGAGCAGCUUGGACAGAGGCACUGGCCAACCGUAGAGUACACCAAAUAUGUGAACUACGCGCCAUAUUCACGGGACUUGGCCUCUACCUCCAAGGCCUUGAAUCCCGUUUACGACUUUACGCAUUUCAUCUUGGAUCUGGCGAUCACCGAGGAGCCAGCCCUGCCGCCGGGCUAUGUUGUGGCGACGUCCGAAGGCCAAUUGGUGCUCGGUCCCAAGGUGCAUCAGAACGAUUGGGCUGCACUGCUGGAUCGGUACUGGUUUCUGUUGCUGUUCGUGAUAUUCCUCUUGGCGUGGAUCAUUGUCAUACCUUUCGUUGGAGUGUGCUACUGCUGCCUGUGCUGCUGUCUAAGGUGCAAACAGGGUUGUCUGCAGUGCACGGGUCGCAAGGACUUCCGAUGGCGCAUUUGUUGCGGCGUAUGCCUCUUCCUGAUAAUCCUUGGUCUGAUCUUUGGCCUUGUCACAGCGUUUGUGGCGAACAAGUUCAUGGAUCGGGGCUUUGGGGAAGCCAAGGUGACAAUGCGACGUGGCAAUGAUGACACUUGUGUCUUUCUGAAUGAUGUGGCUGAACACAUUCACCACCUGAUGGUGUACAACUACCAGGAGCUGGAGGCCCACUUCGAUGAGCAUCUAAAUAAUGCGCAUGAUCACAUCUUUCUGGACCUGGCGGACACUUCUGAGGGUAAUUCUCUCACUGAACUGGAGCGCAUUUUAGACAAUAUGCCAAAAGCCUACCAGUUGAUGAAGCAAGUGAAUCUUCUGGAGAAGGAAAUCCGCCUGCUUGGGUCCCAGCUCAGAGACGGUCUGCGGGGCAUCAAGCGAACCGUUAGCUACGCGGCCUCCUGGCUAUGCCCCUAUACGCACUGCUAUAAAUUCCACCACGAUAAUCGUAUAGCGCUUAUUGAUACUUCAUCCUGUCUGCACUUUGACUUGAUUCCCAAUUCUACAGUCUAUCUGGAGGCAAUUGAGAAAAUUAUAAAGAAUGGUUAUCAUGCUAUACCAAAAAGGGCUAUAGUCCGUCUCAACGAAGUUAAAGUUAUGAUCGGGAAACAGAUGAAACUCGUUAUUCCGCCAAUGUUGAAAAGCAUUGACAAUGGACGGCUUAUGUAUUUGGAAAAAGCCACAGAAAUACGCGACAUAAUCGAGGAUGUCAUUAGCGACAUUCACCUUAAUACACUGAGCAGCACAAAGACCUUUGACGAUGUCUACGAAAUGUUUGGCCCAGAUCGCAGUGCUCUUAACCAAAUAAUUAUCACAUUAAUCUUUAUAAUUAUCGUAAUCCUCAGUUUGGCUUUGAUAUGCGGCUGCGUUGGGUCUGCGCGAAGGGCACCUGGACGAUCUGGAUUUUGUAGCAAGGGCAUGGCCGCCUCAUGCAUGCUAAUUGCCAUUAUCCUGAUAUUUUGUGUGUUCUCGUUCAUCGCACUGGUUGGACUAUUCUACUUGAUGAUCGGGAUCGUAACACACGAGACCGCCUGUGCCACGUCCCAUGGCGGUGAUGAUGCUGUCAUCUUUCGCCAGCUCGACUCCCUGAUCGAUAUCAAUCGGCUUAUGGCGCAGAAUCGGCACGGCGAUGGCACGUUGUCGUCGCGAACGCUAGCAGUGAAAAAUUCAAUCAAGGCCUGCCAGGCAAAUGAGUCCAUCUUUGAGCUGCUGAUAAGGAGAAACGUUUUCAAUAUAAACGAUUUGAGGAAUAGGGAAAUACUCGUCACUGACGAUGAGGACACACCCUUGUUCGCUGAGGAUUUAUCCCAAGUGAAAUUGUUAACAGACGAGGAGAAGAUUAAACUCAAUGAGAUGCGCGAAGGCAAUCUAUCGCAGUACCACAGCAUCCUAUACAAGCAGCAUCUGUGCACGAAAUUUGUGCAUAUGGACAUGAGUGUUCUGGCAGAAAAGUUACAUGACAUGUCCAACUUUCUCUCAGCAAAUGAAAAUAGGCCGGCUUCAAUCUCUUUCAAGUUGGAUUACACUAAUACCCGGCUAUACUUUGAACAAAUGCACGAACCACUGAGGAGGUCCGUGCACAAAAUAUUGGAUAAAUUGCGACUGAUCGACAGCCUCAUUCUACACAAUAACAAUGACUUUAAUACGUCUAUUUCGUUACUGAUGGAGGCGGCAGAAAAGUCCGAGAAAUUUGUUAGGGAAAUGGGAAGGAAUUUCAUCAAUAAACUGGCGAAAAACCUUACGGCGACAACCAACGAAGUGAUUGCAGAGUAUGUCGAAAGGGUGAUCUUAGAAAGCAAAAAAAACGUUGGACAUUGUCAGCCCCUGGCAUACAUUUACUAUCAAGGCGCUCACUUUGUUUGCACCCGUCUUGUGGAUCCAAUAAAUGCAUUUUGGGUGGCGAUAAUUCUGUGCGCCUUGCUCCUUCUACCGGCGCUCUAUGUAUGCCAUCGCCUGAUGUGCCUGUACCUCAAAGUCUAUCCGAUUAUCGCUGUAGCAGGAGCAGCAGGAGCUGUGGCGAGGGGAGGCUGUCCCUUCUGCACUGGUAAGCCAGCGCCGAUUCGUAUCUGCGUGGAUGGCCAACAGGCGUAUUGUGAGUGCCCCUUCGGCGCCAGGACAGACCAGGCGGCACAGCAGUCGGAACACCAAGUCCAAUGGGCGGACACAAACCCGGUGACUGGUGGAAAAAGGCAAAAGAAUGACUAAAUCAAAUCAAGGCUCGAUGAUUUACAUAGUUGUACAUUUACAAAUGUAGAAAAAUAUCAUCAGGGAAUACUUUUCAUACAUAUGUACAUACUCAGCCGAACAGGGUGUAACACAUGUGCAAUAUAUGUAUGUUCGUAUGUACCACUUUAAUCCAUUAUCGAUGCCAGCCAGUGUCUUGUUACUGAGGAGAGAAGUGUGACCGAAACUGCCAUUCCUAAAUGUGCAGCUAAACCCAACACAUUUGCAAGCACAUCGAACAUGUAACGCGCAACAUGUAUGAUCGUGCAUGCACGAACUUGCACGUCGUUCCAUGCUGCGCAGUUCGAACUGGACGUUUGCUGUGCUGUGCUAUGCCCUUAGAAUUCCCAAUUGGUUCUGGCGCGGCCAGCAUUUGAUUGCUGAACUGUGCGCUCGAUCGUUACUCUGGCUUCUCUUCAAUUGUCGAAUAAAUCUUUCGCCUUUUACUAAAGAUUUCCGUGGAGAGGGGCACUCUAAUGAGUCUAAAAUAAUUUUUUUUAGUGCCCUGUCGCAAGACCUGGGGCCAUAAA